UCAUCCUCGGUGCGGCUUGUGUCUCUGCCUACUCCCGUGCGUAAGAGCGCACCGAUGGAUGUGUAAUGCGCUCCUGAAAAAAAAAACUGCAAAUGCCUUUCUGAAAAAGAGAUGCGCAGCAAAGAGCGCGCGCUGGAGAGCUUCGAUUAAGUCAUUUUUUUUUUAUUAUUCCGCGCGUUUUUCUUUCUGGAUGAUGACAUGUUGAUAAAGAUGCUCGUCGGCGCGGGUGACGGUGCGUCGCUAUUUGGAUGUGUGCUCCUGGACUUUUCAGUGUAUCAUGACCGCGCGCCCUUCUCCCUCUCUCCAAGUCUUUUCGUUUGCGCUUGAAGUUGAACGGGGAAGGCACGAUGAGAGGGAAAUACUUUCUCCUUGGCUUCUUGUUGCUCAAACUUAUGGCUCUGGUGUGCAAGGCUGACGGCGAGCCGGGGCUGCUCGGCGGAUUCGUUAUGAUCGCCACCUCCAAUGGGUCCAGGGAGGAGGAGAGCGUGUCCGAGGAGACCCCGCACACGGAGGACAAAUGCCGGGGCUACUACGACGUGAUGGGGCAGUGGGACCCGCCGUUCAUCUGCAAAACGGGCAAUUAUCUAUACUGCUGCGGCACCUGUGGCUUCCGCUUCUGCUGCUCCUACAAGCACUCGCGGCUGGACCAGAGCACCUGCAAGAACUACGACACUCCAGUGUGGAUGAAGACUGGGCAGACGCCGUACAAAAAAAUGAACAAGAUGCACGACAGCACCAAAGACAAGACGAACUUAAUUGUUUACAUCAUUUGUGGAGUAGUGGCCAUUAUGGCUCUCGUGGGGAUUUUCACCAAAUUGGGGCUGGAGAAGGCGCACCGGCCUCAGAGGGAGAACAUGUCCAGGGCCGUCGCCAGCGUGCUGCAGGGCGGGUGUCCAGGUGAGCAGUUUCGCGGGGAGGAGGCCCUCGGGAUGCAUUCGCAGCACUUUGUUUCCAGGGCCACAAACCUCCAGGGUGGUCAGAUCAACAACAAUGUGGCCACAGGCUCAAACAUGGGACAGCAGCACCCGUACCCUGCCCUCAGCCAGCUGGCUCACGUCUACGAACAGCAGCAGCAACAACAGCAACAGCAACAGCAGCAGCAAAACAAGGAUCUCAACAAGUACGCCUCCCUGAAGGCUGUGGCUGCCAAGUACAACGGUGAAGUCUACAACAAGCGCCGGCUGAUGGUGGAGCUGCCAACGAAGGGCGGGCUUCCUCUACAGCCAAUGGGCAACUCCAGACCCUCCAUGGGCAACAUGUCGUCCAUGACUCCUCCAAUGACCACCAACCCCAUGUCUUCAAACCAAAUGGCCUCCAAUCCCAUGAACCCCACCAUCACCCAGAUGACCUCCAUGACCCCAAUGACGUCUAUGAUGCCAAUGACCUCCAUGACACCCAUGACUUCCCUCACCCCGAUGACCUCCAUGACCCCGAUGACCUCCAUGACUCCAAUGACCUCCAUGACACCAAUGACCUCCAUGACCCCUAUGACCUCCAUGACCCCUAUGACCUCCCUGGGUCCACUGACUCCUGAGCCAGUGGCCACCUAUGUCACCGAGUUGCCCAGCAUCUCCUCUGUCUCGACCCUCCCGACAGAACGGCAUAUAGCCGGCGUUGGCGGAGGAGGCGGCGGACUCAAGCCGAACGGCCAGAAACCCAAAGCCAGCCAUGGUCACGUGGGCCACAGCUCUCACAUCUCUCACACUCACAGCUCUCACACUCACAGUCACGCUCACAGCCACAGUAGCAAGCCACCAGGACUCAGGGCUACCUCCCUGGCACACAUGGCAGGGACCAUGCCAGGUGGCACGUCCCUGGGCAUCUCCAGGGCCGCUGAGACCGCCAUUGGCUCCAGCUCAGCUACAAUGGGUCGCACAAUGGCGUACAGCUCCAACACAAUCGCGUCUGGGCAUGCGUUGGGGCUGGGCCUGAAGGCGUGGGAUGGGACUGAGACGGUGGGCCGCAGGAAGACCUACGGACACAAGAGGCCUCAGUGUACCGUGCUGGAGCCCAACCAGCUCCACAGCACCAGAGGCCACAGCCACAGCCAGCAUUUCCUCCCCACACAGCCCUACUUUGUGACCAACAGCAAGACAGAGGUGACUGUGUGAGCAAGGACGAAAGGCAGAGAUGGUGGGGAAAGGAUGCAUGUGGAGUGGUAAUCUCUGAGUGGGAACACCGACCUCUGCGUUGGUCAAAGGUGCAGAUCUUUGUGUGUGUUUGUGUACCAGUGAAUGUGAUGGGACACUGUGUCAGACAGUUCACCGAUCAAAUCACUGAACAGACCUUUGUUGUCAAACGGACGGGGUCAAUGGCAUCUGUAACCAUAACUUCAAACAGAGCAGGGGCGUCUGUGAUAUUACAGUGUUGCCUCACAGCGAAUAUCUGUCAUGACAACAAUAUGUGACCGUUACAGCGCAACACGCGCAUGAUAAAGUGGGAAACUGCUGAUAAUAAAAUGGAUUGGCUUUAUGAACCAAACCUGAGAAGCAAUAUAAGGGAUUAAGUGUAACACACUGAAGCAUUGUGGGAAAGAAGAAAUACAUGCUCAUCUGCUCAACAAAGCGUUGGACGGUUCGGACAACAUUUCCUUAUGAUUCACUCCCCACAAAUCUCCUGAGGGCUUUGAACACAUGAUGAGGGCGCUGGGCUUUGGACUGCACACAUGCAGGGCUUUGUACUGUGGCUAUUCAGAAGCGCCUUCAUACAAUCUGCAGCUGAAGGUCGCCCUUUUUUCCAUGAGGCUCCCGCACACAGAAAGGAGGCUGUCACACCGGCAUUGUUCUGUUCUGAUCUCGUCUGUGUGGUGACAGCUGGCCCGGAGGAGGAGGAGGGAUAAGGAGGCAGGGAGGCAGCAGCUGGAUGAUGCUGCAGUGAGCAGAGUGAUUUUCGAUCACACACAUAUUCAUCCACACAGACACAGAUUUUGACACAGAAACAUAUACUGUAGAAAUGCCGCACACCGGGGUUUGACCAAAAUUAAGUUCUUUUUAAAGAAUGAUGACCAAUAAUUUUAGAAUGAAGCUUCAGAUAUUUUGAUUGAAUUGUGCAUAUUUGCAUGUUAAGCUCAGUGCUUCCCAAAAAUGUAAUUCUUACAGUAUAUUUAGACUGCCGUGGUACUAAAAAACUCCUAAAUGAAACUCAAAAAAACUUUCGAAAAUGGCAGCUAAGUCAGAAUGACCGACCUUAUCCAUACAAAGACAGGGUACAGUUUGUGGUACAUGCUUUUAAUUAUUAUAAUAAUUGUUAUAAGCCUUUAGAAAAGGGUUGCAUAAUUUAUGAAAUAGUGUUGGU